UGCACACGUGUACCACCACCAUCCCUUCCUCUGACCCGCUGAAGGCCCAGGUGAAAGGCCCUCGCUGAAAGGAGCCAACCCCAGGCUUCCCUUUGAGAUGGCGGAGUGCUUCAGACACAGAUGGGUUAGUUAACCGGCCCGGGACUGAAAGCCAGCUACCAGCCCCAAGACACGGCGUUUCUGCUAGCAGCAUUCAAAGCUGCUGCUGUGUACCACGGCUGGGGGCGGAGCGGGGGCUGGUAUGGGUCCUAGAGUGGACCACUGACCUUCCCAGGUCUGCUCCAAAAAGCAUUAGGACUCCAUAGGGAACUAACAGCUUGAACAGCUGUUGCAGAGGCUGAAGACCCUGCCUGGAAAAGAUUCGGUGGGGGACGGCGCUGCUGGAAUCAGGAUUGGCUGUUGAGUUGGAGUUGCGCCGCCUGCUCCCAUGUCCGCGGCUGAACACCUGGACCCGAUUCCUGACAGCUUCAUCCUGCAGCCGCCGGUCUUCCACCCGGUGGUUCCCUAUACCACAACAAUUUUCGGUGGCCUGUAUGCGGGCAAGAUGAUCUUGCUGCAGGGUGUGGUCCCUCUACAUGCACGAAGGUUUCAGGUGGACUUCCAGUGUGGGUGCAGCCUGCACCCUCGGCCAGAUAUUGCCUUCCACUUCAACCCUCGCUUCUACACUGUCAAACCCCAUGUCAUCUGCAACACCCUCCAAGGUGGAGUCUGGCAGAAAGAGGUCCGGUGGCCUGGUGUCACCCUGCAGAGAGGUGCUAGCUUCCUCGUCCUCUUUCUCUUUGAGAACGAAGAGGUGAAGGUGAGUGUUAAUGGACAGCAUUUUCUUCACUACCGCUACCGGCUCCCACUGUCACGUGUGGACACCCUGGGCAUAUAUGGUGACAUUUUGGUGAAGGCUGUUGGAUUCUUGAACAUCAAUCCAUUUGUGGAAGGCAGCAGAGAGUAUCCAGUUGGAUAUCCCUUCCUGCUGUAUAGCCCCAGACUGGAGGUGCCCUGCUCACGCACUCUUCCUCGGGGUCUCUGGCCUGGGCAAGUCAUCGUAGUUCGAGGACUGGUCUUGCAAGAGCCAAAAGAUUUCACCCUGAGCCUGAGGGAUGGGGCCACCCAUGUUCCUGUGACACUCAGAGUUUCCUUCACAGACAGAACACUGGCCUGGGUCUCCUCCUGGGGACGAAAGAAGCUGAUCUCAGCCCCCUUCCUCUUUUACCCCCAGCGAUUCUUCGAGGUUCUUCUUACCAGGUACUGCUUCUGUGCCAGGAGGGAGGGCUGAAGCUGGCACUCAAUGGGCAAGGGCUGGGGGCCACCAGCCUGGACCAGAAAGCCCUGGAGCAGCUGCGGGAGCUCAGGAUCAGUGGGAGUGUCCAUCUCUACUGCGUCCACUACUAAGGAGGACUCCAAGGGCACCCCAAUCAAAGAAGAGGAAGGGCAGCUGCAGCCAGGGCUCCACAGUACAGCCUCAUUCUGCCAUCCUCACUGGACCCUUGACCUGUCAUCGCCACGUCAGGCCUAUUCACAUCAGGUCACAAGAUUACCUCUACAAGGGCAUCAGGGCCCCACGACUAGGGAAGGCUUACAGCUCUGUGCCUCUUCCACCAGGAGCUUGGUAGCUCUGUUUUCCUAGACUGUACUCAAGGGGAACAAACUUUAUAACCUCACAAAGACAUCCACACAUUUAUUGCAUUUUAAUCAAUUCUGAAAGCAAGGAUCCAGGUCAGUGUUGUGUCCCUGCACUCAUCUUCAGCAUUCAAACUCUACCUUGGUCCUCCUUCCACCACUCCAUAGGGCCAUGGGGCUGAAACUCUAUCCAGGCCCAGCCUCUGAGGAGGCGAAUAGAGUGUGAAAAGAAAGCUCCAGGCCUAUGAUCAACACAUCCCAUCUAUCCUCACAGGCCCAGGCCUAUGGUCAACACAUCCCAUCUAUCCUCAUAGGCCCAGGCCUAUGAUCAACACAUCCCAUCUAUCCUCACAGGCCCAGGCCUAUGGUCAACACAUCCAUCUAUCCUCACAGGCCCAGGCCUAUGGUCAACACAUCCAUCUAUCCUCACAGGCCCAGGCCUAUGGUCAACACAUCCAUCUAUCCACAUAGGCCCAGGCCUAUGGUCAACACAUCCAUCUAUCCACAUAGGCCCAGGCCUAUGAUCAACACAUCCAUCUAUCCACAUAGGCCCAGGCCUAUGAUCAACACAUCCCAUCUAUCCACAUAGGCCCAGGCCUAUGAUCAACACAUCCCAUCUAUCCUCACAGGCCCAGGCCUAUGAUCAACACAUCCCAUCUAUCCUCACAGGCCCAGGCCUAUGAUCAACACAUCCCAUCUAUCCUCACAGGCCCAGGCCUAUGAUCAACACAUCCCAUCUAUCCUCACAGGCCCAGGCCUAUGAUCAACACAUCCCAUCUAUCCUCAUAGGCCCAGGCCUAUGAUCAACACAUCCCAUCUAUCCACAUAGGCCCAGGCCUAUGGUCAACACAUCCCAUCUAUCCUCACAUUUCCAUUUCCACUCAGAUUUUAUCUACAAUUGCUCAAUAGUUUGUGAAGCUUUGCCCAAAGUAACAACCACCACAGUUGCUUGCAUGGUCUUGGCUAAAGGAAAAUAGCCACAUCCCAGAAAAACACAGUGAUAACGGGGUCACGUUUUAGUCACCUAGCCUUGUAAACAACAGUGAUAAAAUUAUAAAAAGUAUCUAGGUGGGUCAGCGGCUAUGCUGUCUAUGUUUGUAUAAUGUUCACGCAGUGGCAAAAUGGUUGAAAAAUGAGUUUCUCAGAAUUUCUCCCUGUCAUAAAAUGAUACAUGGCUUAGCAGAAUGAAAUAAGGAAGACUAUAGAUGGUUUGAUUUGUUCUAUUCCUGGAAGUAGAAUCUGGGCUCACCUUACAAUGGACUUCGGAUUAUACCACUUGGAAAUGUUUCUGUGAUACCAUCCACAUGCCCGUGGCUGUGACAGGUCACUGGGUGGAAGAUGCUGAUGGAGGAUUCGCUAUUUUAUAACUUUAUACUCUAAGCAGAGAGUCAUUUUCUUCCCUCAUCCAUUCACCAAGAACGAUCAUACAUCUAUCAUGAAAAAAAAAACCUCAAUAAAUAUGGGGGGGGGUGACUUUUACUACCAAUAUGCCUUUAUUAUAAUCCAGGAAAAGUACAUGUCAGAGAAGAGGAUGGCUGAGAGGCAACCCCUAGACACCAAGGCUCCGGAUUCUGGGAAGAAUAUGGGCCAAAAAGAGAGACAGGCCACUUAGCCAGGAGCAAAGCCUGUGUCUGCUCUUACAUACCUUGAUGGUCUUCUUAUACCUUUAAAGCCAACCCAAAAACUAUGUAGAGAAAUUCUUUAUUCUCCUUAAAACUUUUUCUCAACUUUUCUCAGAUACCACAAUAUUUUUAGAUUUAGGUAUUAUUAGAUACCACAAUAAUCUUUUUAAAUAAACUUGUUAAGGACUUGAAAGAUGGUUCAGCAAUUAAGAGCACUUGCUGCUCCUCCAGAGAACCCUGGUACAAUUCCCAGCCUCCACAUGGCCACCCAUACCCAUCAGUACCUCCAGUUCCAGAAGAUCUGAUGCCCUCUUCUGGCCUUCACAGGCACUACAUGAAUGUGACACAGACAUACACAGGCAAAACACCCACGUAAACAAAUAAAAAUUAGCCAGGUGGU